UUAAAGCACAGAUAGAGAAGCCUAAUGCCUUUAUUUUUCUGUGGACAAUAAAGGGAAAGCGUAUAGCUACCAAGUACAAAUGGAGAAAAGUAAGAGCAUAGGUGUUAGAAAAGGUGCAUGGACAUAUGAAGAAGACAAGUUACUUAAAGCUUGUAUUGACAAGCAUGGUGAAGGAAAAUGGCAUUUAGUUCCACAAAGAGCAGGAUUGAAUAGGUGCAGGAAAAGUUGUAGAUUGAGAUGGUUAAAUUAUUUAAACCCUUCCAUCAAUAGAGAAAGUUUUUCUGAGGAUGAAGUUGAUAUGAUUCUAAGGUUACACAAACUCUUAGGAAACAGAUGGGCAUUAAUUGCUGCAAGACUUCCUGGUAGAACUUCUAAUGAUGUGAAGAAUUAUUGGCAUACACACUUGCGGAAGAAGAUGAUUUCAAGAAAAUUAGAAGAAAAUAAAGCAAAAGAGAAACCUAAGGAAACCAUGAAAGCUCAUGAAGUUAUAAAACCUCAACCUCGAACUUUUUCAUCUCAUUCACCUUGGUUGAAUGGGAAACAUACUUUUGUAAAACCAAUGGUGACAUUUUCAACUAAAGAUGCUAGUGUUGCUCCAGAUAGUAACAUAGAGAGUACUAUAGUACCAAUUAAUGGUGAUGGAGACUCUGCUGCACCCCCAUCUCUUGGAAACUCUACACUCUCAGCCAUGUGGUGGGAAAGUUUGUUGAUUGAGAGCAAUGACAAAAUUGGCCCAUGCCCUUUAUUACAAGAGGAGAAAAAUUCCAUUUUAGAGUGGCAAAAUAUUGAAAACUAUUUUAUUGAAGGUCCCAUUAAUGUAGGUGAUUGUUAUUGGGAUUCUAGUCUUUGUGAAUUUGAUUCUCUUUUAGAUAUUUUAAAUUAGGUUUUGAAUUUUAUUGUGCAACAAAUACAAUUAAAUCUAUGUACAAAAUAAGUUUUUUUUUUUUUUAUCAUAGAUUCCAUUGUAUUUGUAUUUUUUUUUAACCAAAAGUGAUUAUAUUAAAUGUAGUCAUUCUCAA